AUCCUAUCCAUGCCGGCGAUGCUUUGGAACUGCGUGGCUGCCGUAGUUCGAAGAGCUUGGGAAUACCGAUAGGAUUAUAGUCAUAGUUUUGCCGUGAAAGAACCCAGGUGUGUGGACUCAGCGACGGAUUAGCCAAUGUGUGUUCCAGUCCGUGACGUUUGGAGUUGACACCGAGCGAUGUGUGACUACAUGCGUGUGUGCACAUCCGAGUGAACGAGUGAAGUUAACGCACAUAACACACACAUUGAACUUCAGUGGUGGGCUCUAAAGCGACCCCUUUCAAAGCCCGAAACAGUGAUUCAUUCUGAAAAUUGAUAAGUGACUGCAAAGGAGUGAAUGAGUGGACUUCGCCGAGUCAUCGUUUGAACGCUGAAGUUGCGCAGAAAAGCGAUAGAAAUAGAAGGGAAAAAAAAAGAAAAUCGCGUGUGUCACCUGGACUCUGCGUCAUCAUGGUAAACAUGACAGGAAGCCCGAGCAGGUAGCGUGACCAGGACACCCGGUGCUGGGCGUUGUCUUUCAAGACGCUCUCGACAAGUUGAACCGCCUCAACUGUCUCGUAGACGCGUCUUCGUAACACUGAAAUCGAAAAAAAAUAGUUACUGACACUGAAAUAUAUAUUUACAAAGUGAAGUAUUGAGUAGAAAGGACUUGGAAAAAUCUAACUGUGAUGGUGUCAAGAAUAGAACAACAAUAAUAAAAGAAAACACUUGAAUCACCAUGCGCAUGCGGAGUCGUAGUGUGGCGGUGCCCUCUGCUGCUCACAAUAACAAUAACCACCACAACCUGAACAACAACAACAGCAGUCACGUCGGCAGCGCGGCCACCACCGGCGCCUCUCGGAGCGUGCUCAACAUCCCCGGUGAGCUGAAGCUGCACUAUUCCGAGGUGGUGAGCGUGGCCGAAAAGCUCUCCCGGCUCUUCUCGCGCACGCAUACCUACCAUGUGCACCGCAGACACAAGACGCUGCGCCAGGAGCCAUCGAACUCGUGGGUGACCGUGCACAACCUGAAGCAGCUGGACGGAGGCAUCCUCGACCCGGACGACCGCCUCAACGACGUGGCCGACGACCGGGAGCAGAUCAUAGCCAUCUACGAUGAGCAGACGCACCACCACCACCACCACGGCGGAGACGGCACCUCGGCUUCCUCGGACUCGGAAAACCCUUCGCCAGAUAUUUUCCAAGGCGUGGAGCACAAGUUCGCGCCGUUCACCCGCAACGACAUCGAGAUCACCGGCGAGGAGCUGAGCGCCACGCCGCCGCCGCUGCACGUGCGGCGCGGGAGCGAGCCAGCGCUCAACCGCCUCUCGCCCAUCCCGCCCGCGGCCGCCGCCCCGCCCGACCCGACCAAGAGGUGGUCGGCCGCGCCCAUCAUCGAGGACCAGAAUGCGCCGCCCAGCUCCACGCCCAUGAAGAUGGUUAUUCCCCACCUCUAUGUCCAGGACGGCCACAGCUCCUACGAGGACGACAACGUGUUCGUGGACCCUGGGGAGAGGGGGGAGGGCUCGGGGGAGGAGAAGACGCCCUCCUCCUCCUCCUCCUCCUCCCACCACUCCGCCACCACCGCCUUCACCAGAUUCUCUAGAGACACCAAUAGAUGUUCUGUUCAGGUGCUGUCCGACAACCCGGCGAUGGCGCGGUGGGCAGACGCGGCGGACCGAGUGGUGGGCACGAGCGAGGGCAGGCGGCGGGAGCCCCUGGGAGGCUCAGCCUCGUCCCCCAUGCACUCCAGGGACCCCUCGCACGACGAGGCGGCCAACAGCAUCCUCGUGGUACUGAGCAACGACCGAGGCCCGCUGGGCAUCCACGUGAUCCCGAGCACGGACGUCACGGGGCACGACCAGGGCCUGCUGGUGGAGGGCGUCGAGCCGGGCGGACGGAUCGCCCGCGACGGCAGGAUCGAGGUCCACGACAGGAUUAUCGAGAUCAACGGAAAACCGCUCAAUAAUAUUACUUUCCAAAAGGCUCAAGAAAUCUUCAAAGACGCCAUGUUAACGCCAGAAUUACGGCUGCGUGUUGUCAAAGGCCAGAGGCAGGAGUGGUACGCGGGGCAGGCCGCGGAGCUGGUCGAAGGAGAGGAAAAACUCGUCGGAGGAGCCAAGGUCGCCAGCGUCAUGUCCACGAGGAAGGUCCCUCCGGCGUCGCUUUCUUCGCGCACGCAGACCGUGAUUCUGCAGAGCAACACGCGCAAAAUCGGACGCAGACUCAACGUGCACCUCACCAAGGGCCAGCACGGCCUCGGCUUCUCGAUAACCACGAGAGACAAUCCCGCCGGUGGAGAAGCUCCCAUUUACAUAAAAAACAUAUUGCCAAAGGGAGCGGCCAUCGAGGACGGGAACCUCCGAAUCGGCGACCGUCUGCUGGAGGUGAACGGCGUGGAAGUGACGGGGCGCAGUCAGUCGGAGGUCGCCGCCCUCCUGAGGGAGAUCCCCAUCGGAGGGGCAGCUACGCUGGCGGUGUCUCGGCAGGACCAGCGCAACGGAGAGGCUGCGUCGGGGACGGCCGACUCGACGCCGGAGACAGAGAAGCCCGCGAGUCCGAAGCUGCCGAGACAGCUGGUCUCCUACCACCACCAAGACAGUCUCCCCUUCCUCCGCCAGCCGGCGGAGAAAGCAGCGGAGGACAGCCUCAUGUUCCCGUGGAAACAAAGAGAAAUCCUCAUGUUCGAAAUCCCAGUGCAUGACUCCGAAAGAGCUGGACUGGGAGUGAGCGUGAAGGGCAAGACGAGCUCGGGCCCGAACGGCUCGGUUGACCUGGGAAUCUUCGUGAAGAACGUGAUCCACGGCGGGGCCGCCUCGCGCGACGGCCGCCUCUUCCAGAACGACCAGCUCGUCAACAUCAACGGGAUGUCGCUCCUCGGCAAGCCCAACAGCGAGGCCAUGAAGACGCUGAGGACAGCGAUGCAUCAGGAGGGUCCAACGCCGGGGAUCAUCUCCCUUACCGUAGCCAGGAGGAUCGACCACAAGGAGAGGUCGAGCCCCUCUUCCAACAACAGGUCAGGUCGGGAGAGUGCCAACAGCCUCCUCACCAACUCCUCUGGUACUGAGACGCUGGGAGGUGCCAAGUCAUCGCCCGCAACACCGACCCCCGACCAUUCUGGCACUACUGAUACAUCUGAUACAACGGUCAUUUUUAAUGACCAUAAGUAUGAUGGAGAUGGCCAUGAAAUAGAUGCCAGUGAUUUUGGCCACAUUAACCCAGUUAUCCAGAGACUAACUGGGAAUAACGGAGCACUAAGAAAUGAAAGUUAUUAUAAGGCAACACAUGACACGUGGAACACCUCCCAGUUGCAGCAGCUGGUGAUGCGUGGUGAAAGGGAGUCUGUGGCGGUGGGGGGGCCAAGCCACAAUCCCCUUGGGUCACCGACUGUCAACCUGCCAUCCAGAGACACCCUCAUCAUUCACGACGAUGCCGGUAAUCAUAUGUCAAGAGAAAUUUGUCGCUCUGAUGGUCCUGGGGCCUCCGCGGGAAGCUACAGUGACCACCCAAGUCAGUCCGACGAUGCCUAUACAAGCCAAACCUCCCUAGAAGAAAAUGCAGCAGGAUUUUCUAGGGAUCAAUUUGGACGGCAAAGCAUGUCGGAGAAGCGCCACGCCACCCUGGAUGCCAAAAACACCGACACCUAUCAGCGUAACAAGAAAGCGAGAGAAGAGCGAGAGAAACAAAGGCAGAUGAUGCUGGCACAAGAGAAGCUUGCUGCGAGUCAGGGCAUGGGGAUGGGAUUGGCUGCUAUGGAGGGUGAAACACGAGAGGAGUUCAAGCCAGGGUCAAGGGAGGUUGGGAUUGAUCUGCCCACCCAGGAUUACCCUUCCUUGAAGGCAAAACAGCCAGAACCCUCAAAGAAAUCAAGCCUCAAACCCUCCCAACCAAGUUCUGUUUCAAAGAACCACCAUGCCACUCUUGAGAUCCCAAGACCCAUUCUAAAGCCCUCCCCAAAACUACGCCAGAAGGCCAACACCCUUGUUAAUGCUAGUCCAAAGGCAAAGUCCAAACAGCAGUAUGUGAGGAAGGGGGGUUCUGAGACGCUUGACAGAACCGUGGGAAGAGGGAGCCUCAAGGGGCAUUGGUCUGGGUACCCACGAGGCCCCUUCAGUCCAAUCACACGGAGUCUUGAGAGAAAUCAUAGCAAAGGAAACCAGCGGACCACUUUUGGCCAGGACCUUUCUGCCAUGAUCUCAAACUGGGCUGCCCGUAACCGAGAGUUAUUGAGUCGAGACGCAGCUGUGAUGGGGGGGAAGCUGCUGGUCCGGGCCUCGUCGGACGAAUCUCUCGCCUCUCAAAACCUCCAGCGCACCAACAGUCACGCACAUGAACAACCCUCCUCCUCCUCCUCUCAGCAUGAGCACUUGCCACCACAGGAUGCCCUUCGAUCUCGGCUAGACGUCGGUCCAGGUUUAGGCAUGAAGAAGUCUUCAAGCCUAGAGUCCCUGCAGACAAUGGUUCAGGAGAUGGCACUCGAAGAAGAGGGCCACCGCAUGGGUUCGGGCAGAGUGCCAAGAGGCCGUGGGUGCAAUGAGAGCUUCCGGGCUGCCGUUGACAGGUCUUAUGAUGUCCCUCUCACCGGUUUAAGAAAUAAGAUGGAAACCCAAGAUUUUUUCUCACAUGAGGAAUAUUUUGGAUAUUUAGUUGCAGAAGAAGAGUCAGAAUCCAGCGGCUCUGGUUUUGGCAGAGGCAACAGUCGGCAGUCAUCAGUGAAUUCUGCUGUCGAUGAUAAGUACAAGAAAGUUGGCAAGAAGAAGCCAGGAAUCUUCAAAGGACUUGGUUCCAUGUUCAGAUUUGGAAAACACAGAAAGAGUAUCGACAAUCCCAAUGGCCUCACGAGCAAAGGUGAUGGGGAGGCUGACCGGUCAGAAGGUCGGACAGAAGUUGACCGUGCAGAGGUUGAGAGGCUGGCAGCUGCGAGACGUCUGCAGCAGGAAGAGCAUGAUCGCAUGCAGGAGCAGUAUAGGCGCAUGAUUGAAAACACUGCUCGCAGCAGUCAGCAACAGCAGCAACCUCAGAUGAGACCAGAUGAAGGAGAGCCUUCUCGGUCUGAGAGGAUGCAUCAGCUGCGUGCAGAGCAUCAGCGUCGCCAUGCACAGAGGAACAGAACAUAUCCUACAGAUGACCUAGAAGAACGAUAUGAAAGUGCGAUCAAACAGGGCCAUAGACAGGCAAAAAGCUAUCCUGCGCCUCGCUCACACAGGCGUUCUCAGAGCCAAGAUCUCAUUGUUGAGAGACGUGCCUUGAGUCGCACUGAGCGUCUGGACCCCGUCCCAAGUGAGCCCAAGCCAGACAUCCGGCACAUGCGCUCUCACAGCUACGACCUCUAUGGUGACAAUGGCGGUCGGCCCGGGAGUCGCACUGCUUACGCUGAUCCCCACAAAUAUUCUCAUUAUGUCAAUUAUGAACAGAUACAACAGCAUUUACGCAAAAACAAGGAGCAAGAAAGGCUAAAGAAACUAGCUAGUCAGCAGUACCAAGACUUUCGGGAAAAGCAGACUAGACGGCAGCAGGAAUCCUCCCCUACUACCUUGUUGCACAAAUUGGAGGAGACGUUUAUACACGAGUCAAUAAUUGCAAGCCGGGAAGCGCGCGAGUACCAGAGCCAAAGAGGGCCUCGUGACUCUGCGAGAGAGCACCAGCACCGCCCCGUUAGCAACUACUAUGAGUACGAGAGUGUGCAAGCCAUGAUCUCCCAUGCACAGGACAACAGCAGCACCUCCCUGCCACGAAGACACCACCCUCCUCCUCCUGGACCACCUCCAGUCGCUGCUGCAGCCGUCGCUAAAAAUGCUAGUAAUAACAAUGCCAGCCACAACAACAAUUUGUUCCCAGGCGUAUCUCAGCCACACCACAUGAUGAUGUACAAACAGAUCUCUGGCUCCUCAGUCCACAGUACUCAUUCUGCGCAUGGAGGACAGAUGGGCAACUACGGACAGACUAUGUCAAACAUGGGGCACAGAGGGCAUAAUGAGCACUCUCGUGACAUGCCCCAUCAAGAGGGCCUUUAUGGGUCAAGCUAUCGACCUGCGAGCCACUACACAGGGCCGCACCAUAAACCUCCGCCGCCACCACCACAUCACCAUACCACCACACUCACAGUGCCAGGUUCCAAAGUGUGAAUAAUGCUGACGCAGGAAUACAUGAAGGUGCUGUAGGACUUUUGUAUGUGUGUGUUAUGUGUGUGUGUGUCUGUGUAUUUGUGUGUAAAUAAAUAUUGGCUACUUUCCUAAUCUGAAGUUUAUAAUAAACUGAUUAAUUUAUUGAAAAUCAAAAAUAUAGAUUGUGCAUACAUAGGAAAGUAAAUUUUAAAAUAUGUAUAUAAUAGUGAAUAUAGUGACAGUGCUGUGAAAACUGGUGUACAAAUAUUUUUUAUUGUAAAAUGUGGGGUGAGCUCCCAUGAAAUAUAUAGUGGGGUGUUGUUACUUAAUAUAUGAAUGCCUGUGUAAACGAUAUACAGAACAGCAUUCCAGAGUGUACAGUGCAUGUCAUCGGAAGGUCAGAAGGUAAACAGUAUCUUCAUCGCUUUAGUAAACCAUUUCUAUAGAAUUUCUAAGGGACCAAAUGAGCCUAGGUUCUUGAAUAUUGUCUUUGUACCUGGAUGAUGUGCAACAGUAAGCCUUCAUAUUUAAUUUAUACGUCUUAUUUUUUAAAAUGAUAAAAUGGUUAAUAAUCAAAGGUAAUUUAAUAUAUCUCAUAGAAAUGAUGACCUUAUGAGUUCAAGGUUGCAUCAGUCUAAUGCUGUGAGUCAGUCACAAUUGUUUGGAAAAGAAAUUUGAGUGAGGCAGCUCCUAUUUAGAGCUUUGCUAUAUUUUAUCAGUAAGUUAGGUUUAAGCUUUUAAUGAAAUUUGUAUUUUUAAAAGUGCUCCAAAUUUCUUUGGGUGGUGCCUUAAAUGUUACAAUGGAUGAAUUUUAAAUCAUCCAUAAAUUAGUCUGUCUAAAAACCCAGGAACCGACUCAUCGCACGAUUUGUGUAAAAAGGCUAACCUGACACAGUUUCUGUAUGACCUAUGAUAGUGCAUACAUGUAGACAAGAGUGAGUGAGAAAGAGAGAUUUUUAUAGUCUGUAUAUUGAACAAUAUAUAUUGGGAUUUGCAAGAGAAAAAAUCCAUUAAAAACUUUUUAAAUUUUUUAUAGAUGACCCAUUGUGCUUUUUAGAGCUUUGACAUAAAAAAGAAUCCUAUUUGACAAGUGACUCUUCUAGGCUCUAUUUUAUAUUAUAUUCCCACUCCUGAAGAAUUUAAGGUGUGCCAAAGUGACAAAGAGUUACAUUCCUGGGUAGGCUUCUUACCUGUUCCUCUGGUUGUUCUGGCCUCAUUUGGGGUCACUUACGGCUCUGUCAAUGGUGUACAUAUUUUGUAAAACAGUUUUUGUAUAAAGUCAAGUACAGUGCUUAGGUCUGUAAGAUGCAGUUUUUAUACUAUGUAAAUUAAGGCAGCUCUGACCUGCUGUGCUGUGUCGUAUUGUGCUCAAGAUGCAGCUCUUGUUUUUUUUUUAUGUAUUUGAAAUUCCUCCAAUACUCCAAAGGAAAAUAAAGGACAAUUGAGUA